AUGAUGUUUCUCUUUGAGUACUGGGGUCUAGCUUUGACUCUACUCUACGGACUCUUUACACUCAUACUUUAUAGUAUUAUUGCGGUUAUUAAGGGGACGUUCUUCAAGAGCUUAACAGAAAGAGAGAAGCUCGAACUCGUUCUAGCUAGGGAUAGGUUCUGGAACCUUUCGAAGCAGUGGACCGGCCUGUCGCACGGAUUCAUUACAUUAAAGAAUGGAUUCAAAAUCCACUAUGUUACAAACGACGGGCGAGAAAGGAUUGCCCACCGAGCCUCUGGUAAACCUCUUGUUAUUUUCUUGCACGGCUUUCCUGAUAGCUGGGCAAUAUGGCGGCAUGUCCUUUCUUCCUCCUCGAUACGAGAAUCAAGUACCGUGGUAGCAGCCGAUCUGCCGGGAUACGGUGGAAGCGAUUCUUUGGAGAAAUACGGAGCAACAGAGGUGUUGGAGGCGUUGACCGAAUUUAUUCUAGCCAUUCGAGAGAAAUGUGGCGUGGAUACUGAGCAAGGGAACCAUCAAAGAAAAGUGAUUCUUGUAACACAUGACUGGGGUGCAGUUUUAGCAUUUCGUUUGGCUUCAGAAGCUCCCCAACUUGCAGACAGGUUUAUCAUGAUCAACGGACCUUUGGUCUCCUUAAUGAAGUCAAAUAUGCAUCUGCUGACGGAAUCUUCAGCCAAGAUGUUCAAGACAUUUAUCCGCGAACCCUGGCGCUCGAGAUUCCUUUUGUUGAAGUCGAUCAGGACUUGGAUGCCUGUGCUUCGUCAACUUUGGCUCUCUGGCUAUAUAUUCGCUUUUCAGCUCCCAAUGCCUUUUGUACGCUACAUGGGAACAGGGGGGAACUACUCCUUCUUAAAGGCAGUCCAUAAGAUCAGUGUGGGGACAGCAGACCAAUUUACUAUCCGUGACGCCCAAGAGUCUAUGGCAAGUACGCUCGGUCCAGGUAAAAAAGAGUACGAAACUCAAACAGAAAACAACGAAACUUACCCAUCUUCUGUUCUUCAACGCGAAAAAUAUGGGAAUUUUGGUGAUCUUGCGUCAUAUUAUCGUGAUGGUGCAGCAGCAGGGAUCUGGCAUAAGAGUCUAGAGACUAUAUCAUCUCUCUUCAACAUUGGAACUGAGGAGCCCCGAAGAACAAGCAGCGGAACUGGGGUAUUUGACCUAGAUCGAGGAUCGUUGAGAGCCAAUGCAACAAUUCUGUGGGGCAAAACGGACGUUGCGAUUGACACUCACUUAGCAUUAGAAGGUAUUGCCGACUACCUUGUUCACGGAAGCCAAUUGAUCGUGCUUCCGAGAAGUGGCCACUUCCCGCAAGUUGAGGUUGAAAGCAGGGCGGCCCUUGAAAAGGUUGUAGAGUGGGCUGUUCGUGGUGAAAAGGGAGAUAUUGCAUCAAUGGUUCGCUCAGAGUACCCUGAUGCCAAACUUGUGCUGCAGAAAUAA